AUGGAAGCGGACCUUUGUAAUAAUUCUAUAGAUAUUAUCAGUAGGAUUCGUAAUGUUUUGUUACAAGAAACUCUGAACAUAGAAGAUUUUCAAAUAAGUUUAGAUGCUUUGGGAAAAAUUGUAUCAUUAUCGAGCCAAUCUCAAGAAUAUAGAUCAAAGAUUCUUUCCAAUGAUAAUUUGCCAGAUAUAUUGAUAGAAAUCUUGAAUAAGUCUUUUGAAGAUAAUGUACCAAACGAGGAAUUGAAAUUCACGUUGUAUGUUAGGCUUAUGAGGGGGGUGUUACUUUUAACUAGAAACUUGGUUAUCACUAAGCAAUUUAUUGGGUUCAAGACGAUUCUUUCUAAUCUUAGGAGUUUUGAUUCUAGAGUUCCGCAUGAUGAUGAAUUCUAUCUGAAAACACUUGUGGUAUAUAUUCAAUGCCUUGCAAAUCUGGGUAUCACACAAGACGAUGAUAUUGUUGCGGAAACCAUUGAAACAUUCUUUAAGAAUGAAAAUCUAAUGGAAUGGAUAGCAAAUAAUGACCAAAUGAAGAUACCUUUUGCAGCAUUUCUUAAAAAUACCAUGCAGAAUUCAGAUAAUAUAUACGAAGUAUUGACACAUAAUGAUACUCUUUUAACAUAUAUUAUUAAUGAAUUGGAUAAGGCGGACAUUCAUAAUGAAGAAUUAGAUCCAUAUUCUUCCUUAUUGGUAUUAGUUUUCCAAAAAAUAAUAGCACAUGAAACUUAUAGCAAAUGGUUGAAGGGAAUAGAUUGCAAGAGUAAAGAGUUUUUGAAAGUAAUGAAAAUCAACCAAAUUAUUGUCACAUCAAAAGAAGAUUGGGAUAACUAUCAAUUAACAGCGAUGUUAGCUUGGAUAUUUGAUAACUUUUUGGUAUUUUCUGAAUUAUCUAAAAGUGUUUUGUUAGCUCAGAUUUAUGAUCCGAUUGAAUUAAAGAGCAUUCAUCUAAAUCUAAUCAUUUUAUUGGAUUGCUUAUCUGAUCUAGGAAAAUUUAAAGCCACGAAGCAGUUUUUAGAACAUUAUAAUGCUAUUGAAGAAUUAAUAUCCUUAUUGAGGGUAGUACAUGAAAAUGUUGAGAGAAAGACAUUAAAGAAUAAAGGGAAAAUAGAGAAUCUUGAAGGAAAAAAGGAGUUUCCGCAAGUUAAAUCUUUAAUCAUUGAAGUAAUUGCAUUUUUAGUUCAUGAUUCAUUCGAAAUACAAGAAAAAAUGAGGGAACUACAUGGAUUGGAAUUGGUCUUAUCGAAUUGCAUGAUUGAUGAUAAUGAUCCUUUUAUUAAAGAAAGAGCAAUUGUAUGCGUGAAGUUCUUAUUAGCGAAUAACGAGAAGAACCAACAAUUUGUAGCAGAUUUAGAGGCGAAACAAACCAUUGACGAUGACGCGUUAAGACAAGUGGGAUAUGAAGUUCAAAUUGAGGAUGGAAAUGUCAAGUUGCGACAAACCCAGGAUCAAAAGCUACAAUAG